CUACAUUUAAACACUCUAGGAACCACAAGUAGCCCAGCGCUCUGAGAACGAAGCGUUCUGCUGGGAGCAUAAGGAACUAUGAGGUCUUUAAGAUAAGAAGGAGCUUUAUCAUUGAGUACUUAUAGAUUGAAACCUGGAGAGAAGAACAGACCAAAGUGACUCCUGAGCGAAUAUAAGCGUCCGCCGGUGACGUCAUCGCGCACCCGUGCGUCUGCGCCGGUCAACCAGGAAAUGGUGGAGUAAAUACGAAGCUUGUCGACAGUUCGAAAACAGAAGAGCAACGGGUGAAGGUGUUGUGCGGCGCGUUGGUCAGAGAGCGUGGGUCACGUGCGGCGCGUGUAACGUCGGCUCCCAGUCCGUUCCUUCCCCCGUGCGUCGCAGCCAUGCCGUGCUCGCGCUCGCGCUCGUCGGCUUACACGCUGGGCCUCGGCCUGGGCUUCGUGACGCUGGGCACCAGUCGCAUCCUGCUGCUCAAGUUCUCCGCUAACGCAGAUAACAAGUAUGACUUCCUCCCUGCGUCGGCCAACCUUCUUGCUGAACUGCUCAAGCUCCUCUUGUGCUUGGUGAUGUCACUCAGGGUCAUCGUUCGAGAGGGACGCUCGUGCAGAGAGCUCGGCUGCUCCUCCAGCUCGUCCUUCCUCCGGUCCCUGAAGUGGGCCGUGCCUGCGUUCCUCUACUUCCUAGACAACCUCAUCAUCUUUUAUGUGAUGACCUACCUGCAGCCUGCCAUGGCAGUGCUGUUCUCAAACUUCGUCAUCCUGACCACAGCCGUCCUCUUCCGGAUUGUUCUGAAGAGGCGUCUGUCCUGGGUUCAGUGGGCAGCGUUGCUCGUCCUGUUCCUGUCCAUUGUUUCCUUGACGACUGGAUCAGGAAGCAGCCAGAACUCCAUAGCUGUGCCAGGCCUCCGCUCCAACCCCCACGCCACCCCCUCCAACUCCUGCAGGCUCUACACCCAGCUGCUGGAGCAGAUGAGGAACAGCAGUGCCAGUGCGUCGUGGGUGUCGUCCCUGCCCGGACAGGAGUGGAGAGCCAGAAUGCUCCAGAAGCUUCGCUCUUUGGGCGUGGGUCACAUCCUGCUCCUCCUCCAGUGCUUCAUCUCUGCCAUGGCCAACAUCUACAAUGAGAAGAUCCUCAAAGAUGGAGAGCAGCUCACGGAGAGCAUCUUCAUCCAGAACAGUAAACUCUAUGCCUUUGGGGUGAUGUUCAACGGUCUGACCCUGGGGCUCGGCAGCGAGGCCCGAGGCCUCACCGUGCACUGUGGCCUCCUCCAUGGGCAUAACGUCUACUCCCUGGGCCUGGUGCUGGUCACCGCUGCUUUGGGUUUGUCUGUGGCCUUCAUCUUGAAAUUCAGAGACAACAUGUUCCACGUGCUGACGGGACAGAUCACCACCGUUCUGGUUACCGCCCUCUCCCUCUUCCUGUUCAACUUCCAGCCCUCACUGGACUUCUUCCUCCAGGCUCCAAUGGUGCUGCUGGCCAUCUUUAUCUACAACGCCAGUCGGCCCAAAGACCCAGAAUACUGCCUUCAGCAGGAGAAACUGCGGGUCAUCAACGGCGAGGUGUUCGAGAGGUCCAGAGGGGACGGCGAAGAACUGGAGCUGCUGGCGAAGCCCAACACAGACAGUGAAUCUGAGGAGGAGUCUUUGUAGCAUGUAGUCCUGUCGCUGAGCACGGAGGGUUAGGACUCGUGCUCCUGGACACAGGACGACCACGGAUACGGGUCCAUUUUUACCGGAGCAGCUGUCACAUGAGCCACGACACUGUGGUGGUGGUCACCGAAAGAGACUAGUGUGAACGUCUGGAAGCGCAACAGGCCUUAAACUUGGCAGCACCUCGAUGUUUUACUGCUGCUGUGAAGAUGAACCCUUUUCUUCUUGUGCCAUAAUGUAUAAAUACUAAUCUGAGAAUAAACUGCUAGUGGAUCAGA